CCUAGACACAACUCACAACAUACAACACAUCCUCGCCGAGAGAAGACAUGGAGAGCUCGCCGGGAAGCUGCUGGCGGGGAAAGUCUCGUCUUCACUGGGAAGACAUGGAGGACUCUCCUGUGACUGCUGCCACGGGGUCCUUGGGGCCUGUCAUCGCCAAGCUUUCUGCUCUGCUGGGCAGUGAGUACAAGAUUCGGUGGCGUACUCGGAGGGACGUCAAGUUCAUCAUGUCUAAGCUCAAGCCCGUGCAUUCCAUCCUCUGGAACAUAUGGGAGAGGGAGGAGCUGGAUGCUGCAUCAAAGGCGUUGAAGAUGGAGGCAUUGGAUCUUGCCGACGAUGUGGACGACGCUAUCGUCGACUUCAUCCUCAGAUUGGAGCGUAACCUCAGCAACAAGCGGCUCGUACAGACCAAGAUUAAAGCAAGCCCUUUCCACGAUUUCAAGAAACGAUCUAGUGAUGUGUCAAGGAGGUGUCGCACCAAGUGGAAGAAGGCUCUCUCAAGUUCAUUGUCAUGGGGAAAAUUAGCCACCACCGACUCCGGUCCUGCAAAGCCUCGAGCUCCGUUUCUCCGCAAGGAUGCAUCAGAGCUCGUGGGUAUGGCUGGACCAAGGGAUGAGCUCAUCCAACACCUCGUCGGCGAAGGCGAGACAACACCGGUGGGUAUGGCCAGACCAAUGGAUGAGCUAAAAAAUGCAUUCAUUUAUGGGUCGACCGGUAUGGGCAAAACAACGCUCGCCGACCUAGUGUAUGAGGCGAUUGGAAGUAAGUUCCAGUCUCAGGCUUUUGUGUCAGUCACUCCAGUCAGGUGGUAACACGAGAGGGGUUCUCGCUGGAAUCUUUUAUCUCUAAACAGAAAGCCUCCACUAGCAGAUUUUCCUGGUUUGUGGUGAAGCCACGUCACCCCAAUUUCCUUUACCACGUCCGCAAAGCUUUGUGCCGCCUUCAUUUCCGUCUCUUCAGACCGAACUGGGCUGUAAGACAGACUUGGAACUGACAUGGGCCAAAGACAUGGGCUCCGUUGGUGGACUCCCGAAUGGGCUACAAAUCCUUCCGUCCGCUGGCAAACUUCAUGGUCGACCGCUACGUUCGUCCUAAAUCAGCAGGCUAUUUUCUAAAAAAAAAAGGAAGCAACUGCUGAAACUAUGUUCGUCUUCCUCCGCCGCCGCCAGAGUCCGUCCUCCUUCCCCACUAAUGUGGCACUGCGAGUUAGUGCUCAUCAAACACCUGAUAAAUCCGAGCAUUAAACGAGUGAAAACUGCACAAUGGAGCUCAACCGUCGCCGCCGUUGCCUCCAGCUUAAAAAGUAGAUCAUGAUGCCAUCCGCAUCCACAGCAAUCACGGCAGACUGCUCGAGCCGCCACAACGCCUAGCGGCCUCCGCGUUGGUUGAUCUCCGGCUGGGAAAACGCUCGGCGUUCUACACCUGCACACCAGCACACGAUACUAUUGGAUUUUGUCUACUGCUACCUGAGGCUCUCAGGUUUUCUUUGGAUUUC